AUGAAACGGCUCACCGACUCUCAAUAUAAGUCCAAUGGAAAGACAGCUCUGCUGAAAGCACUUUUAAAUUUGAAGGAAGGUGAGAAUGACACUAUUGAACAUCUGCUGGAAAUUGCAGAGAAAACGGGAGAUUUAAAAGAUUUUGUCAAUGCUGCCUACACAGACAGUUACUACAAAGGUCAGACAGCACUCCAUGUUGCAAUUGAACAGAGGAGUGCAAAAUUUGUACAGAUGCUGGUUAAAAAAGGGGCUGAUGUCCAUGCUAAGGCCUGUGGGAAAUUCUUUCAGCCCAAUCAAGAAACAUGCUUCUAUUUUGGUGAGCUGCCCUUGUCUCUGGCCGCUUGCACUAAUCAGCCUGCCAUUGUUGACUUCCUUAUGAACAAUCCAUACCAGGCAGUGGAUGUCAGGGAGAGGGAUUCUCAUGGAAACACGGUGCUUCACGCAUUACUAUCCAUAGCUGAUAACAGUCCUAAAAACACAGAGUUCGUCAUUGCCAUGUAUGACCACAUCUUAUUCAAAGCCAACCAACUUCACCCCAAGAUCAAGCUGGAGGAAAUCGAAAAUAAUGAAGGACUCACCCCACUCACAUUAGCUGCCAAAACAGGAAAAGUGGGGCUGUUAAAGCACAUCGUGCAGCGGGAGUUUAAGGGGUGCAAACAUCUGUCACGGAAGAUCACGGAGUGGGCCUACGGUCCAGUGUGCUCGUCUCUGUAUGACCUCGCCUCUCUCGACACCUAUGAGAAGAACUCCGCGCUGGAGAUAAUCAUUUAUGGCAGUGAGAUUCCUAAUCGCCUCGAGAUGCUCCAUAUUGAGCCAUUUAACAGGCUGAUUGAAGAGAAGUGGGAGAGAUUUGCGAAACGGAUGUUCUUGUUCAACUUUAUCGUUUAUGUUAUCUACCUUUUUAUCCUCACUGCUGUAGCUUAUCACCGCGAAGAAGGGAAGCCACUAAAGCCUCCAUAUCCUUAUAGAAAAGAUAGCAAAGGCUACCAACUUCUGACAGGACACAUCAUAACUACCAUUGGAGCACUUUACUUCUUUAUUAGAGGGUUAAUAGAUAUGUUAAGAAAGCGUCCAAGAUUUCAGUCCCUGAUCAUAGAUGGAUACACCGAUCAGCUUUUUUUUCUGCAGGCCGUGCUCUUCCUGGUGUGUGCUCUACUGUACUGCUUUGGUCAGGAUGAAUAUGUGGCCUGUCUAGUUCUGUGUCUUGCCUUGAGCUGGGUGAAUCUACUCUACUUCUCCAGGGGGUCCAAAAAUAUGGGAAUCUACAAUGUCAUGAUACAAAAGAUGGUUCUUGGAGAAAUUCGUCGAUUCCUUGUCGUGUACAUGGUCUUCCUCAUUGGGUUCUCUGCAGCCGUGGUAACGCUCCUUGAUGAAAGAGUCCCUAGUAUGGGACGAUCUUUAUUCGCUCCUAUUACUGGAAAUGAAAACUGUACGAAGCCCUCAUUCAAGAGCAUCUACUACACCACUCUGGAGAUGUUCAAGUUUACGAUUGGCAUGGGAAAUCUGGAGUUCACCGAUCAGUAUCAGUAUAUAGAGGUCUUCUAUGUACUGCUAAUUUUGUAUAUAGUGAUGACUUACAUUUUGAUGCUGAACAUGCUGAUCGCUCUGAUGAAUCAAAGAGUGGAGGAGAUGUCUGUAGAGAGCACCAGCAUCUGGAAACUACAGCGUGCAAUCACCACCUUGGACAUGGAGUGGAUUCUUCCCCACUGUCUGAAGACAAGGCUGCGCUCCGGGGAAGAGAAGGAUCUAGGCGGGGAGCAGGAGCCUGAUCGACGCUGGUGUUUCAGUGUGGAGGAAGUCAACUGGAACCAAUGGAACAGAAACCUGGGUGUAGUUACCGAGGAUCCUGGGAAAUGCAUGCCUGUACCUUCCCCAACUAAACUUCAGAGAGAGCCCAGCCGGGGUGGACUCCUGCAAACGUUCAGUAAACGCUGGACACAGAGACCACAACGCAGAGAUGUACAGGAGCUGAGUCCUCUAGCUGAGGCCUCUAGCUUCGUAUAAUGAUGCCUUUAUAAUCUGUAAUCUAUUGCAAUGUAUUUUACAAUUCCCUUUCAGUCCAACUGGUGUAGGAUAUAUUGUAUAGGAUGACUGGUUAAAACUGUUAUGCAUCAUAUCUUUUUAACUGUAAUAGAAAAAAAAAUGA